AUGUUUCCUCGGUCUGCUUUUGUCAUCUCCAAACACUGUGCCAUCAUCUGCCUAAAACCCGGCCUAGAGCUCACGGACACUGUCAUCUCUCGCGACGAACGCUGCAUCACUGCCUCUGUUAUGGACGCUCACCAAGUCAUUUGCCAAGUGGCUAAUGUGUACAUGCCAGCACAGGCAGCCAGUCGUCAUGCUUUCCUGCCAGAGCUACUGUCCAUGCCCUUUUGGUCUGAUAUGCUUGACUUCCAGUGUGCAGUAAAAAGGGGGUUAAAAAAGCAGGUAGAAUACUGUUAA